CUUUUGGUCUUCCGAACCUACCAACCUCAGUCAUUGCGGUCGCCGACGCGUGGGUGUCGCGUGGCUGAAUACUCAAUAUCUCUCCUCGAAAGUCUGAAGGAACCUCGGCCACGAUGAAAGUAGCGCAAUGUCGCUAUCGAAGCUAGGCGAGGCUGAAGAAGAAAUCACAUCGGCAUCUCGAGGGCAAGAGCGGGAGCGUGAAGGAUGGGAUUGGGCAGUGUGCGUGAAUCAAGCUUAAGAUGGCCGACGACGAGAGCCAUGGCGACAUACAUGGCCGGAGCAGUGCAGUCCUGGCAGUCACUGUUUCGAUGACGGUGCUAUGCACCAUCUUUGUCUCCUUCCGAAUGCUGUCGCGAGCGGCCAUCGUCAGGAAGAUCAUAUGGGACGACUACUUCAUGCUUCUGGCAUGGAUCAUCACUGUCGGCCUGGCUUUCUCCAUAUGCUACGGAACAGUCAAUGGACUCGGACGACACGAGGUCGAUAUCCCGGACGAAUGGCAAUCGACAUUGCGGAAAUGCAAUUAUGCAUUCAGCGUUUUGUAUCAGCCCGCGCUCAUGGCCACCAAGACGUCGAUUCUGUCUUUCUAUUUGACCUUCUCCACCGCGAAUCGUGUCUUCCGAUGGGCAUGCUAUGGGACACUGUUGAUCGUCAAUGCUGGAGGCUUCGCUCUGACUAUGGUCACCGUCUUUCAAUGUAAUCCGAUAUCUGCCGUGUUUCAAUCCAUCACUUCUGCCGGAGCCAAGUGUACGGACAUACUCACCAUCUACCUUGCAUCGAUCCCCUUGAAUAUCAUAACGGAUCUUGCCAUCUUAUUCCUGCCGAUGCCCAUCUUGACCAGCAUGCGUUUGCCCAAGAAGCAGAAGAUCAUUCUUGUUGUCACUUUCGGCUUUGGUGUCUUCGUAGCCAUUGUCGACGUCGUUCGAAUCUCGUACUUGCAAUCCGCAGCAGAGAUUCGUUUGAGCGAGAUGCAACAGGCAAUAUCCUCUGAAGAUCCUGUGCGGAAUGCAGAAGCAACCGACUCCUCAUACUACUUGGCAUUUUCCUUCAUGUGGUCGGCAAUCGAGGUGACAGUGGGAAUCAUGUGUGCCUGUGUACCUGGCCUGAAACCAUUGGUCGCGAGAUUCCUUCCAAACAUGCUUCGAGAUCCGGGUGAGGCACCAUCAACGUUUGGAUCCAUCGCCUUACCGAACGAGGAGGUAGCCAAAGCUUCCUGUCCUCUAGCAAUGCAGAUGCCAGAUGACGUCCACUUCCGAGACUUUGGACGCAAUGUGGGCCAGGAGGAGGCAGAAGAAGAGCCAAUGGGCAUGAUGGACUUUCUCACCACCCCAGACAUGGCCGAUUUCCAGCACCUGGAUCGAUCGCCAACGGCACUUACGAAUACGACCCGGAAUACGAGGCCUGAAACACCGACAUUCUUCGACUUCGUUGAUCUGGGAGAAAAGAAGAGCAUAGUCCACAUGACUGCACGCGAAUCUUUCUUCCCCAUUGCCGCAGUGACAGUGCUGUUCUUUGUGUGGGGCUUUGAGUACGGUCUUCUUGACGUCCUGAACUCUCAAUUCCAAAGCGUGGCCAACGUCACCAGUGCACAAGCUGUGGGAAUUCGCAGUGCAUAUUACGCUGGCUAUUUUGCUGGUCCAUUGCUCGUCGGUCGCUUCGUCUUACAACGAUGGGGAUUCAAGGCCUGCUACCCAAUCGGACUCAGCAUUUAUGCUGCAGGAUGCCUGAUCUUUUGGCCUGCCGCAGUCCUUACAUCCUGGCCCACCUUCCUGGUCACGAAUUGCAUUGUCGGCUUUGGACUUUCUCAGCUCGAGGUCUCUGCAAAUGCUUUCAUCUCGCUUUGCGGUCCAGCACAAUAUGCUGAGAUGAGGCUGAAUCUCAGUCAAGCUGUACAGGCUGUCGGAAGCGUGGUUGCGCCUCUGAUUGCGGAUAAAGCGUUCUUUCGCAAGUCCCUACACGUGCCCUCUCUGGUCAACACACAAUGGGCCUAUCUUGGUAUUGCACUGGCGACAGUCGUCCUCGCAGUAAUCUAUUUUUAUAUUCCACUGCCCGAAGCAACUGACUCUGAGCUAGAAGACGCAGCUGAGAGGAUGGACGGGGCGAACACAGCCAGGCUUGGAAAUGUCCGCAUCAUCUGGUACGUCCUUGGCUUCGGCGUACUGAGUCAGUUCUGCUAUGUGGGCGGACAAGAAGUAGUUGGCACGAGUUUUGGAACUUACCUGGAUACCGUAUAUCCGAGCCUCAACCAAUCCAACUACUUCGCAAUCGCCCAUACUGCGUUUGCAGUCUCCCGAUUCUUGGCUGCGGGUCUGGGCUUUUGGAUCAAGCCACGGAUAAUGCUACUCGCAUUUUACCUAGGCACGAUCAUCUUCGGAUCGCUAUGCACACAUUAUUCAGGAGGAACUGGCGUGGCAUUGAUUGUGAUGCUGUUCUUCUGCGAAGGUCCACUAUUCUCGCUCAUCUUUGCCCAAUCUUUGCGAGGUCAGGGCAAGCACACCAAGUUUGCCAGCGUCCUUAUCACAGCGUCCAUAUCCGGGGGCGCGGUCUUCUCGCCGAUAUCGACCGCCAUGGUGUCGUCCGGACACAGUGUUCCAUACAGCCUGGUCGUUGCAGUAGCCGCGUUCGCAGUCGGCAUAGUCUUUGCUAUCGGACUUAACGUCAGCCCUCAGGUCCGGAGGCUGGUCGAUCCGAUCAAGGAUGUGACCACAGCUGAGAACUCGCCAAGGCCCAGCUCGACGAGCAGUAGAGCAAGUAGGGCCCUGAGCUUCUUGGCUGUUGGCAAGAAGCAUAAGCGAGAGAGCAAUGCAAUCGAGCAUCGGGAACGAAAGGUCAGCGGUGCAUGACCAGUAUGACUAACGAUUGAGCGUGCAUGCUAUGAACUGUAGGCAUACUUCGUAAGGCGUUCACGGUUGUUUUCACUAUACAUGGUCUACGGACAUACAGCAAUGAGCUUGUUCAGAGACGACGGCUCGCUUUGGGAGGUGAAUAUGAGCAUUGGGUUUUUGGGGUCACAUUGGAUGGGACCAAUUUGAUUGGAGAUGAUAUCCCUUGUGAAGCAACUUGUUGUAUAUAUUUGUACAGGCAUUUGUACAUGAUCGUGCCAGGCGACGGGUUACAUGGCGUAGGCGAGGCACACUCUGUAAAGAGACCAAAUCAAAUGAUACCAGCUU